AUGCUGCUGCGGGGCUCCCUGGAGGUGAGGGAGGAUGUGAGGGAGGAUGUGAGGGAGGCGGUGAGGGAGGAGGGGCUGUUCGGCGACCCCCACCUGAGGACCUUUAAGGACAGCUUCCAGACGUGUAAGGUGGAGGGGGCGUGGCCGCUCAUCGACAACGACUACCUGUCGGUGCAGGUCACCAACGUUCCCGUGGCAACGGGCUCCAGCGCCACGGCGACCAACAAGAUCACGGUGAUCUUCAAGCCCUACCAGGGCUGCACGGAGCAGAAGGUGUACCAGGCGGUGACGGACGAGCUCCCCGCCGCCUUCAUGGACGGCUCGCUGAGCAGCGGCGAGCCGGGCGCCGCCGCCGCCGACCCCGGCGCCGACCCCGACGCCGCCAAGCUGCGGGCGCUGUGGAUCUCGGAGCGCAGCCCCGGGCGCCACGUGGAGCUGCACGCCGGCUACAUCGGCGUGACGGUCAUCGUGCGCCAGCUGGGCCGCUACCUCACCAUGGCGGUGCGCAUCCCCGAGGAGAUGGCGGCGGCGUACGACGCGUCCCAGGACCUGCAGCUCUGCCUGAACGGCUGCCCCACCGCCGAGCGCAUCGACCGCGGCGGCCACCUGGCCCUGCCCCCCCCCUCGGGCCCCGCCCGGCCCCGCCACCAGACGGCGCGGCGGGGGGGCGGGGCCCGCGCGCUGGACGCCCGCGAGGCCCGGGAGCGCUGUGGCGAGGAGCUGGAGGAGCGGGACAUCUACUACCACUCGUGCGUGUUCGACCUCCUCACCACCGGGGACACCAACUUCACGGCGGCGGCCUUCAGCGCCCAGAAGGACAUGGAGAGCCUGCACCCGCACCGCGACCGCUGGAGGAUCUACCCCCGCGGCCAUGCCCCCCCCGCCGCCCCGCAGCCAAUCGCACGGCUCGCCCUGCUCCUGCUGUGCUGGGCGCUCUGCAGCGUGGCGCUCGUAUAGACGCUGACCC